CGACCACACAACUGCUGUGAUUAUUGACCUCUCAGUGACUGUACUGAAAUAUUGUAUUUGAAAACCAACUUGCAAGUUUGUAUCCCUAUCACGUCAAUGACGUCCCUCGCCAACCUCCCCGUUGAGGUGCUGCUAGAUCAGCUGAUAACCUUCCUUCCGCUCGCCGACCUUGCCCAUCUUGGCGCAACAAAUCGAUUCUUCCACGCGCUAUGCAAUGAUGACAUACUAUGGAAGCGCAAGUUAAUCGAGGACUUCAACUAUUCAAAGGUGAUGGAUGCGCGGACAAGCGGGUACAAAACUCUGUACAAAGGAAUGAAGCAGCCUAAGGUCUAUGUCUGGGGAUCCGUCGACAACGGUCGUUUGGGACUCUCGUCUGAAGAGCUUUAUAAGAGCGUGGUGCGCGCGUGCGGUGGUGUGCCUCGGCCUACAGAGCUGGAGUUGUUCGCUCGGAAGGGGAUACGCAUUGUGCAGCUUAGCGCGGGUGGAUGGUCGUUCCAUGCGCUGGACUCGACUGGAACGUUGUGGGUCUGGGGACAGCUGAAUGCAGAAGUCGCCGCGUUUCAGGGUGAUCCCUUCUCACACCCUGGGCGACGCGCCGUUGUACCCCACCGUCUCGUCUUUGCGGACGACAUCAAGUUCCGCAGCAUUUCCAGUGGUCGCAAUCACGCAUCGGCCCUUGAUUCACGGGGCAACGUCUGGACAAUUCGUUCCUGGGGCCGGCCAUAUCGAGUCAUUUCGUCACAGCUUUCGAGAGUGAUUCAGAUCUCAUGCGGCUGGGCCUUCAGCGCAGCACUAACAGAGGAUGGAGAAGUGCACGUGUGGUGGCCCAGAAGCGGUGAGUUUUCUCGCAUAGCCGAAGAAUAUGACGCCGCGCAUGGACCACCGGGAGAAACAGCGAGCCACCGAGAGGGUUUGAUCACUGCCGAGGCCUGGGAGCUCCGUGCAGAUCCUUUGGAGCUGCCGACGUUGGGAUCGAUUCAGGAUCCCAGGGGUGCAGCAGCAACCGAACCACUCAAGAUCGUCCAGAUCGCAUGUGGGAGAGACUUCGUGGUCGCUUUGACAAAUGCGAACCAAGUGCUGAAGAUCGACUUAGGCGGAGGUGAUGCCGCCGAUGGAUUCGAUAUGCUAAGGCAGAGCUUCAGACAUGGAAGGCGAUGGGAAUAUCUGCCCCUGUUCAGCGAGGCAAAACGAGUUGCGAUGCUGCCCGCAUUUCAAUCUGGUGCUGUCGCUGUAGCCGAGGACAUGCGCAUCACUCACGUCUCAGCUCAAUUCAAUACCUUUGUGGCCUACUCGACUGGAUCUACUUCUAUCGUACUCAUGGGAAACCAAAGCACUCAGCCUGACAUAUCCCCUACCGUGAUUCCGGCGCUGCAGCAUCGAGAUGUCAUCUCCGUCGUUCUGGGCGAUUACCAUCGUGCUGCUCUCACGGCGCAGGGUGAGCUCCUCACCUGGGGCUCAUUCUCUCAAGGUGCACUGGGUCUAGGAGAUCCAUAUACUCUCGAUCCUGGAACACCUGGAGGAUUCCGUACGUUUCGCGAUCGAGACUUGGCACAGCGUGUUCAUGGACCUCCGCCAGACGUGGAGGAGCCCACGAAAGUGAGCUUCCAUCACGGGCAAGAAGAUGCCAGCCCCACCUUCUGCUUCUCUGUUGUCGCGGCUGGGUGGCAUGUUGGGGCUUUAGUACUGGACUUAGAAGAAAAGAGAGCCGAACCGCCGCGUGAUGCCGUUCAUUCAUCCAUACCCCACGGCGGCGAGCCUCCCCUUGAACAUGACCCAGAAGAUCCUUCAAUCCCCGGGAGUUUCACUCGUUCUGGUGCCCCCGCCGGUUCGCUCGUGCGGGGUGGACUGCCUUAUACUGGUUCGCCGGUGGGCCAGCAUACGGCUGAUGGGAGGUUCGAGCCCCAAGAGCCAGACUUGACGCGUGCUAUGGGAUUGUAUGGGGUCAGGUUUGGGUAUGCGGCGCGAGGGAUGCUGAGGGGCUCGCAUCCGAGGGGAAAUUGAAUGAAGAUGCGGCGGUAUACCGACAAUGCAAUGAUGUAGAACUGAUUGUAAACUAUGCCUUUGUUGAUUGUAGUGCAGACUGAAUAUGCAA